AUGGUGGGGGUGAAUCCAUUUUCACCCCUCAUUCAAGGCGGUCAAUGGCGAUCUGACCCGGCAGAAUUCAAAGCUCUCAACCUCAAAAAAGGUUCAAGCUACAACACCCGUCACUCGCCCAAUCUCCGCCCAAGAAGAACGGCCAUGCAACCACUGGCCCGAAUCGUGCCCCGGCUCUUUUUAGAUUCCUUCCCAUCUUCAGCUUCACAAGCAAUCCGAAUAUGCAAUCGCUCCUCCUUCCGCACAUCAACUUGUAUACAAUGUAACAUUCGUUCCCAAACACGGCAAUAUGUCGAAUCUCCCAAACCACCCCCUCCAAGCCCCCCGAAGACAGACCUCCCUUCUUCUGAAUCCGCCAUUCCAGACGAGAUCUCCUCCGACCUCCCAUCGGCAAGAGAAAGCCGUCGAAACCAACUCACAAAACGCUUCUCCCACCUCAUGGACCACCUGCAAGGCAACAUCUUCAUAGCCUCCCAACGCAUCAACGACCUAACCGGCUACUCCGGCAUCGAAGCCCUAAAAGGCCGCAUCACGUCCCUCGAGAACCGCGUACAAGAAGCCCAAGAAGCUGUGCGGGCAGCAAGACUCGUGUACAAAACCACAGUAGCGGACAGAGCAUCUACACAACGAGAAGUCACGGGGCUGUUGGCCAGGAAAGAUUCAUGGACGCCCUUGGAUCUGGAACGCUUCACGUCGCUGUAUCGUAUGGAUCACAGUAAUGAACAGGCAGUGCAGGAAUCUGCUACUAGACUCGCAGACGCGGAGAGGGAGGCUGAACAUGCGGCUAGUAAGCUCAGCAGCAGCAUUCUGAGCCGGUAUCACGAAGAGCAAAUUUGGAGUGAUAAGAUCAGACGAAUGAGUACGUGGGGAACUUGGGGGCUAAUGGGUGUUAAUGUGCUGUUGUUCUUGGUGUUUCAGUUUGGGUUUGAGCCAUGGAGGCGGAGGAGGUUAGUGCAUGGGUUUGAGGAGAAGGUAAGGGAAGCAUUGGAGAAAGAAAAGAUUGCACAAUUCAAACAACUAGAUGCGGAGAAGGUAGAAGAUGUGUCGUUGGAUGGCAUUGUUGCCGCUGGGGUUGAGGAACUGGAAGAGGAGAUGGAGGGGGGUGCUGAGCCGGCUGUUGAUGCGCUUGUGGCUGGUAUUAGAGGCGAGCCAGAGGAAGAGGCUGCUCUUGAUACCGCCGAGAUGCAUUUCCCCGCUGCUUUAAUCAAGCAGCUUAGCACUAGAGUGCCAGAAACGUGGUCAGUUGCUGCUGUACAAGAUGCUGUGCAAGAUCUGUUCAGUGAACGGCUUGUACAGAUGCGAAAACAAGAUGUUACGAUUAUUGCAUUGGAAGGGGCUGCUACUGGAGCAACCAUAGUGGCCAUCAUCGCCUCUCUUAUGUUCCGCCAUUGA